GUGAGACUGACCCCGUACGUCUGCCGAACGUCUACACUCAGUGCAGGUGUUGGGUUGCCCUUAUGGCUGGACCUUUGAAAUCUCGAAGCUCAUGGGUGCGGUUAUAUAAAACGGCAGUGCCACUCCCAAAAAACAGUAAAAUACCGUUUCUGCGAAGUGCAAUUUUUAUUGUUCUCAGAUUCUUCUAUAACCACGUGCAAAGUUCGUCAACAUCUGGCCACAUUCGGAUGUCGUUUAUUUGUUCAAAUCCAGUUUCGGGGUAACGAGACCAGUCUGGGAAAAUUAAUAAAGCAACUAACUUGUAAUUGGAGGCAAGAACAAGGUAUUUUACUUUUGUACUAAAGAGAAUAGUUGGUGUGUAAGCACAGAAAAAGAGAUUGGAGAAACAGACUGCGAUGAAGAGGCCUGGACAUCAGUGCCAUUGCGGCCUGUGGACACUACAGUAUAUAUAAUAUAGUAUGUAGUAGAGUACAGUAGUGCUCCGUUCCGUUUGACACCAUGUGCUCAUUUCUAAAGGCUCAAACUGAACAACGGUUGGGCUUUUCUGAAAACUGUUGGGACGCAAACUGCCACCGUUUCCAGUGUUUCCAAAAUACACAACCAUUUGAUUUGGAGUUAUAAAAAAAAGAGAUUGUACAUCGCUCGGAGAAAAGUUUCGGUUAAAUCUAAAUUGCAGUUAAAGGACCCUGUAUGUGCGACCCACCCCCUGCCCUUACAACCAUGAUGCUGUGGAGUUCCCAAGCAGCAGAGGCUGCGCGAAAAAAAGACAUCGUUUCACUGCUUCCACUGCUCCCCGUUACCCUGCGUGCCUGCCGUUGUCCCGGACGCAGUAAAGCGGAGUGCGCGGCCCUCCAGCUGAGGAGGCAAGAAGAGCUCCUCCGCUUCGCUACAACUAGAGUCGCGUCCCGUCAGCGUUAGAAUAUCUAUUUAUGCCGGUCGGCAAAGGCGGCAACUCUUACUCAUUUGUAAAGCGACGCGAAAACACGCAAAACUUCAAUGUAAAACAAGCCCAGAGUGAAUCAUCUCGACCACUUUAGCAGCGAACAAUAUUUAUAAGGUGUAACGAUUUUGCGGGGGACCGUGCGGUGGCGGUGAGCGCACCGCUGAGGCCCGGCCGUAACGCGCUCUAAUCCAACUUUAUUGUUCUCUGGGCGAUUCAACACGGUGACGGCGCUGCUGAAAUGGCGUCGCUGCGACGGGACUCUCGCUCCCACUCGUCUUCAUUCUUCUAGGUACAUUGGCGCGAUCUGUCUGUCUGCGUGGCCCGGAACACCUCGGAGUUGCUGGCCUGGGCUUUCUUCGACAAAACACGUGUUCGGAAGUUUCUCUCUCACUCUAAGUGUUGAGUAAUUCGACUUUCAUCCCUGGGCCGCGCCGAGUCCUCGGACUUUACUGAGGAGGAGGUAGCAGCUCGUCAUGACAGACGCAGUGUUCGCUGUGUGACGGGAGCUGUAUCAUUGGACUGAAGUUAAAUCUCCCCAAAACAGUCUUGUCAGCCUUGUCGUCUGGUCUAAAGGAAUACAAGCAAAGGCAGCUGUCUCAGCUUCACCAGUAUGGCAUCAGUUCCAGUUUACUGCUUGUGCCGACUGCCCUAUGAUGUCACCCGCUUUAUGAUCGAGUGUGACGUCUGUCAAGACUGGUUUCAUGGAAGCUGUGUAGGUGUGGAGGAGGAUAAAGCCACAGACAUUGACCUCUAUCACUGCCCAAACUGUCAGGUCACUCAUGGCCCUUCUGUCAUGCGGAAACGUCGUGGGACCCACAGGCUAUCUGAUGUAGCAGGUGGAGCUAGAGAUGCAAGUCGGCCAAUGAAGACAGGCAGCCCACAGUUUAUCAGGGAACUACGCAGCCGCACUUUUCCCAGUGCAGAGGAUGUCUUGCUGAAGCCGUCUGGAGCCCAGUUGACUGUGGAAUUCUUGGAGGAGCGUUCAUUCAGUGUUCCUGUGCUGGUGCUAAAGAAGGAUGGCCUGGGCAUGAGCUUACCUCCCCCUUCCUUCACUGUGUCUGAUGUGGAGCACUACAUAGGAGGAGACAGAGAGAUUGAUGUGAUCGAUGUUGGCCGUCAAGCAGAUCUGAAGAUGCGCUUGGGAGAGUUUGUGGAAUACUAUAAUAGCCCCAACAGAGAAAGAGUGCUCAAUGUAAUCAGCUUGGAGUUUUCUGAGACAAGAUUGUCCAACCUGGUGGAAACCCCAAAAAUUGUCCGGAAGCUAUCUUGGGUAGAGAAUCUUUGGCCGGAAGAAUCUGCAUUUGAAAGGCCCAAUGUGCAGAAGUAUUGCCUGAUGGGGGUGAAGGACAGCUACACAGACUUUCAUAUUGACUUUGGUGGCACCUCUGUGUGGUACCAUGUUCUUCGGGGUGAGAAGAUCUUCUACCUGAUUAGACCAACCCCUGCUAACCUGGCACUUUUUGAGCGAUGGAGUUCUUCCUCCAACCAAAACGAGCUCUUCUUUGGCGACCAGGUGGACAUGUGUUACAAGUGCUCCAUCAAGCAGGGAAACACACUCUUCAUCCCCACAGGAUGGAUCCAUGCUGUGCUAACCCCAGUUGACUGCUUGGCUUUUGGAGGAAACUUCCUCCACAGUCUGAACAUUGACAUGCAGCUAAGGGCUUACGAGAUAGAAAAGAGACUCAGUACAGCUGACCUAUUUCGUUUCCCCAACUUUGAGACAGUUUGCUGGUAUGUGGGCAAACACCUCCUUGACACAUUUAGAGGUCUAAGGGAGAACCGCAGGCAUCCGGCCAACUACCUUGUUCAUGGCGCCAAGGCUCUCAACAAUGCCUUUCGCAGCUGGACACGCAAGGAGGCACUUCCUGAACAUGAGGAUGAAAUCCCCGAGACCAUAAAGACUCAGCAGCUAGUGAAGGACUUGGCUAAGGAGAUACGUCUGGUGGAGGAUAUCUUUCAGCACAACUUGAGUAAGACAGGGAUGCCUUUUGGACCUCCCCGGGGCUUCUCCACCUCUCUCCCCCAUGCACUGAUGGCAUCAUCUCCAACCCCUGGCCAUCCACUGGGCAGAAAAAAAGUACUAAAGCCAAAGGAGGGAGGAAGCACCCUAGGAGUGCCCAAAAAGAGGGGCAGGAAAGGCAAGGAGUGCCAGGAUAAGGCUGAAGCUGGAGAGCUGGACUUGCUGGAGAUUCACACCAAGCAUACCUUGAAGAAGUUACAUCCUGGAAACAAGAGCAAGGGCAAGCUGGACUUGCCGGUUGCUGGCCUUGAUGAUCUUGAGGGGAAGCUAAAGAAGAGCAAACUAAAACUUGUGCUCACCAAUGGCAAAAUACAGGGGAAGAAGGGGGGUAGAGCUAGCAGUGGUAAUAGAAAGUCCCGAUCCUUAUCCUUGACUGGCCAAUUUAAACCCAUGGAAAGUACCGACAUCUCUAACUUUGACUCGGAGGAUGAGCUGCAAAUUGAUGAGGCCCCACCACCUCGGCGCCGAGCUGCUGCAUCCAGCAAGAAGAGACUGCCUGGUCUUCCCAGGAAACUGCCUCGAGCUAAACCAUGCUCUGACCCACAUCGUGUCCGUGAGCCAGGAGAGGUUGACUUUGAUAUUGAGGAGGACUAUACCACAGAUGAGGAUUCAGUCACCCUGCAGGGAGUGAAGGGCGGUGCUGGAGGCAUCCUGGACCUGUUGAAGGCCAGCAAGCAGGUAGCAGGACUGGACCCUGCUCUCAGUGAGGAAGCACCAGCCUCCCCAAGCACCAGGGAUGCCAUCCAGGGCAUGCUAUCCAUGGCCAAUCCCCCUUCAUCCCCUUCUUCGUCGUCAUCCUCCUCUACCUCACUUCCCCCACCAGCAAGCACAAGAGGUGGGAUGGGGCCAGAGAAGGUGCGGACCAUCCAGAGGCCCGGAAAGCGUCCAGUCAAGCGCCCAGCUCGUCACGUGAGUGAAGAUGAUGAGGAGAGUUUGGAUGAACAGGAAACACUGGGCACCUGUUUUAAAGACUCCGAAUAUGUGUACCCGUCUUUGGAGUCAGAUGAGGAAGAUCCCAGCCUAAAGUCCAAACUAAAGAGGAAGAGAAACUCUGGUGAUACACCAUGGAAUCCCAAAGCUCGUGUCACACCUACCCUGCCCAAACAGGAGCGCCCGGUAAGAGAGGGGGUGAGGGUGGCAUCUGUGGAAACUGGACUGGCAGCCGCCGCCGCUAAGCUAGCACAGCAGAAGCAAAAGAAAACCACCAAGAGAAAGUACACCAAAAAGCAUGUCCCUGCUUCCACACAGUCUGAACACUCUAACCAGGGAGCAGCUUCCCCAGUCUCCCCUCUCCUACUGUCAGACAUACACUGCUAUGAGCCUGGCAUUGCAGUAGAGGUUGAGGAGAGAAAAGUAGAGGCUUACUCAGCAAGUCUUCUGGACCAUGAGUAUACUGCUGGACCUGGUCCCUUUGGUCCUGGGGGUCCUCGGGGCUCAGCUGCUAUGGCUCCAGGGGUCUUCCUCACCUCCAGACGACCUUCCUUGUCACCACAAAACAGCAGCAGUUACUCCCUCUCAUCAUCAUCUCCUUCUGGAGUGGCAAAUACAGGGCCAACUGGAGCAGGGCAAGGGAAACGACCAAAGAAAGGUCUGGCUACUGCCAAGCAGCGACUGGGAAAAAUCCUCAAAAUCCACCGCAAUGGCAAACUCUUGCUGUGAGGCAAGGGAUCGGGGGAAAGGAAUGGGGAACGUGUGAAGGGUGGGUGAAUUGACAUGUUUAAAUAGAGCCACGUAGAGACGCAAAGUGGGAUGGUCCAGUGGAAGAUGGAAACUGUGAUGGGGGAUUAAUCUUCGUAUCAUGCCCCAUUUUAAUUUUCAUCUAUCCCUUUUAGUGUCCUCCUUAGUCUUGAUCAUUCACCUUGUCCAGUAACAAGCAGCUUAUCUCCUGCACUUCUGUCCAUGUUGAUCUGUUUCUCCUUUACAUUCAUGUUGUUGUUCUUCUGUGUCACCUAAUCAAUCAUUUUAUCUUUCUACCUCUCAAAACUUCAGAAGUUCAGAUGCUUUGUGGUUAGUGUUCAAAAGCUCAUUAUUAUUAUUACUAUUAUAGGUAAAGUUGUGGUUGCAAAAUGCAACUUUGGGCUUAUGAAAUGGACAUAUGCACGAACACAAGUCAUUGUAGUGGCAUGGUCACGCAACACACUGCCACUGCCUUCUUAUCUCCUGGUAAACCCAUUCGAACUAACAGUUCAGAGGGGUACUCAUAUGUGUCACAGUUUUGCUAUUUGUUCUGGAGUGAAUAAAAAGCUUGCCAUAUAACUGUGGCAAUGGUGUGACUGUGACCAACAAUGUUUACUAGAGCUGAACAUAAUUGGGACAGGGAGAAUGUAAAUUUUUGUUUGAAUUGUAUAGUUUUGAUUGAAGUCUGUACAUUAGUUUAGCUCCAUUCUUGUGUAGUGUAGGGCUUUAGGGGACUGUUGCGCCAUUGUACACGAUUACCUCUGACUUUCAAGAGAAGCGCCAGCGCGCUCUUGUGGUUGUGCGAUGGAGGCUUUGCACAAAUGGAAGGGAAAUGUGUGAGACCUCUUUACCACCUACUCAGGCAAACAGGUUGUAUUAUAUUACUCCUUUUAUAAUUUGACAAAUAGUAACAUGUAAUUCAGGUAGUGCGUUGAUUUCUAUUUACACAUUAACAUGCGCACUUCUAUUAUAAGUUGUAUCAGCGUUAAAGAAUGACACUUGUCCACUUGUUUAGACUUUGCUUCCUCUCUCCAUGCUAGCUUCUCUCUCUCUAUAUAUCUCUCUUUCUCUCUGUCAUUACUUAUUUAAAAAGCAGUUCUGUGGGUAAGCUUCCCAAAGAGCAGAAUUCCUGCUGUCACAGUGUGGGCAGGGAUUUGAGAGAGGACAGCGGAAUGGGACUGUGCUGGGUAGGAGGAAAUUGUACAGCACAAAACAUAUUUCUUGCUUGUUCCAUUGAGUAGUGUAUGUAAGAAAACACUUGAAUGCAUUCAUACAGCUUGUUUCAGUUACCUUUUUGGGUGCAAGUACACAUUUUGAUGCAUUAAAGUUCAACUCCAACAGUCAAAGGUAGGCUGGAGUGCAUCCCAGUUUUUAUCUAGACCUGCCUUAAUGUGGGCUUGCCGUUGUACCACAUACUGAGUACAAAAUUCUAACUUUAUGGCAUUUGCUAUGUCAAAACUUCACCAGUAAGGGAGAAGGUCAAGUUACAUAUUCUAAUUCAGUAAAAGAAUAGUUAAGUUUUGCUUUGUAGUAAACAUAAGA